UUGCCAUAAUGAACGGACGUGUGUGACGAAGGCUCCGCCAAGCAUACAAUUAACAAUUGUCCAGAUAAUCUUGACCAUUAUGGGUGGACCCGAUAGACCAAGACGAGGAAAGGGGGGAUCGUUGGCCGACAACUCCCCUAAGCCCAAGCGUCCCUCUCCCGCUGACAACUCUGCUGCCCAAAAUGACGACACUGACGGCGACGACUCCACACUAUCCGAUGCUAUCCAAGCAGCCAUCGAUAAACUACUCACCAAUGAGAAUUUUAUAUCUAAGCUGGUUUCGGCUAUCAAGACAAAGCUGCUAGAUGAGAUAUGUGAAUCUCUGAGAUCGGAAGUAAGAGACUCGUUGAAAUUUGACAUUGACAACGCCAACGACAAAAUGGCGUUGCUUGAAAAACGUGUAGAUGUCGUCGAGGACGCCAUGGACGACGCAGAGCAGUACUCUCGAAGAAACUGCCUAAUCUUUGCUGGUAUCAACGAGACGCAAGAUGAGGACGUGGAGAGGAAAAUAGUGAACAUAUGUAAAGAGGACCUCGGUGUAACCAUCAACGAAAGCGACGUCGACAGAUGCCACCGACUCGGGAACAUAACCAACAAAGGAAAAAAAACUCGCAAACAACAUCGGGACGUCAUCGUAAAAUUCACAAAUUAUCGGAAGAGAGACUCCAUCUACAAGGCUAGAUUCAACCUGCGAAAGUCAUCGAGUCCUAUCUCAAUUUACGUUUAUUGUAAAGGAGAAAGCAGAUGUCGUCAUUUUCUGCUGAUUUGUGGCGCUGUACUUGCUUCUGGUGGAGUGCUCAUGUCAUCUACUAUUUCUAACAAUGCUCAACUUGCUUUCUAUCUCACAUUAUCUGGUGCUGGUAGCAACAUUCUCCGUACCGCAAUCGUUAUCACACUCGACUCACAAUCUAGAAAUGAUUUCAAAAUUUUCUACGGUAUUGGCAAAUCUGGUUACGCUUUGGGAAUGGCCGUAGUGCCUAUUAUCACCAACUAUCUCAUGGAAAUAUAUGGUUGGCGAGGAUCAUUAUUGCUUUUAGGAGGGUUCAUGUCUCAUCUCAUACCGUUCGCGAUGUUAGUCGAUACUAGUUUAGAGAAGAAGGAAGAUAAACAUUCCAUAGAGCACAAAGAUACCAGAACUAUUCACUCGACGCAAACUAAGAACUGCCAGAUUUCUCGAUCUGAUGAGCCUCGAGACGAAUGCCAUCUAUCUAGAAGUGAUGUGGGAGGUACCAAAGAUACAGAACUACAAUCUUCAUCGGACUCUGAGAUCAAUGAUAAGCAAGUGCCCACGCGAUGUCCUGCUAUUUGGGAAAAGAAUGUACAUGCUAUUACAGAAUCUGUCUUUUACCAAGACCCCUGGCUCACUGCCUUGAUUGGUGUUGUGGGUCUCUUUGGGGUAAUAGAUGGUGCAUGGCAUGCAUUUUUGAUUCCCCGCGCCAUGGAUAGAGGUAUACCAACUUCAAAGGCACUUACCCUUGCAUACUCCGCAGGAGCCGGUUGUUUUAUUGGCCGUUGUAUUAGUGGUGCUCUCCCCAAUACCAAGCACUUUGGUCAGCUUGAAUGGUUUAUUUCCUUGCUAUUGUUAAAUUGGUCAUCUAUUCUUGUGGACGUCCUCAUCUUAAAUUUUAACCUCAUGAUAGUGACAUCUUUAAUUUCAGCAAUGACUAUCGCCGAACUAGGCAUUUUGAAAGUCACCCUAUGUCAAGCAAGAUGUCCCCCUGAUGCCUUUCCUGUCGCCCUAGCAAUUGUAGAAAUCAUUUUUGGAACAUCACAGCUGUUAGGCACAUCGAUCGCAGGAUAUCUUGCUUAUGCAUUUGCUGACUUCAACGCAUCUUUUAUCUACCUGUUGGUUGUCGAAACAUGCAUAUUCAUUGUGAUGGUCAUUUUAAGAUGCACGAAGCAGCGGACUGAGAAUGCAGCAAAAGAAAAGCAAUAGAGUCCGUCUGGGCAAUAACUGCAUUUCUCUCCUUUAAGAUUUCCUUUAUUUGUUUCGUAUCUGUCUCCAUGAAAUACGUGAGUGUUACUCUGUAUUACAAGUAAAUAGCUUAUUAAUUCUUUGAUUCAUAUUAUGAUUUUUAUUGACCAAUUAAAGAUUAAAAACAGAUUUCCUAAAAUUUGAGUCCAUUUGAUAAAUUUGUAUUUGAUUUAUCUUACUAUUUGGGGUGGAUAUCUCGUGCCUAUCUAAAGGACGGCCUUCGACUUGACGCCUCUGAGUCCACAUUAUUCGUCAGAUUGUAAACAUUGAAAAGUGUAGAGAAUAGCUGACUAUAGUGAAUGGCUAAUUUUUAAUAAAUUGAUUUCAAAUGUAAAGAAAGCACAGUUUAUGAUUUUUAUUAACAAGAAAAUUGAUUAUAACGAUGUAUAUAUGCAAAUAUAAAAGUUGUAUACAAUCUCUAAAAUUCAUUGGUACUCUUAUUGAUUCCAAAUCAAAUUGGCAUGAACAUUAUUAGCGAGGUCUGUAAAAAAAGUUUCAAAGUGUUUAGGCGUUUCAUAUAAAUUAAGAUGUUUUGAUAGAAACAUUUUUAUUCAUGAUAUAUAAUGCUAUUGUUACCCCGCACCCAAUUUUUUGCAAUGUUGCUUGGGCAUCUUCCACCAACUACUCAAUGUAAAGAUGAUUUCGAUUGCAGAAAAAUAAACAGUUCGCAUUGUCUUUCAUGGCAGUUUUCUAGCCCAUAUUAUAUCACCUAUAAAUUGUUAAAUAUAUACGAUUUGGAUAUUUUUAAUGCAGCUAUUUUAAUGUAUUUAAUAUCUAAAAAUGUACCAAUAUGUCUCAUGCAUAAGUUUACUCCGAUUUCUGAAAUAACAUCUUGUGACAUGCGAAACCAGAAGAAAUGAAAUCGAGUCCUUUCAAAAGAAUUAUAAGAAACUGCUGUUACAUUAUCGCACGUAAAUUAUCAGGCUCAUUUUGAUCUUUGUUGUAUUUUGUUAUGUCUGUUUAGGGUUUGGAAGGUUUUGUUAAUCGCUUAAUAUAUUUUAUAUGUAUCACCUUGUUAUUCAUAUGAAAUAUGCUUUUUUUGUAUAUACUUGGUUUUAAUUGUUUGCAUCAUUGGUAGCAGCAUUUCAUAAUGCUUCAAUGUUCUUCCGAGCUGUCUCCACAUUCUAUUUUAUUGUAUACAUAUUUUUACCUUGUAAUUGUUUUUUUUUAUUUUGAAUGAAAUUGAAAUUGAAUUGAACUAUAUUGGUAUUAUAGAAUGCCAUGUAUAUCAAUCUAAUUGUAAAUGCUUUCAGUAGCAGCAGAAUUUUAAGUUAUGCCUAAAGGCCGCCGAAUACACUAAUGGCCAGUGUCCAUUUCAAUCUCAAGUAGAUAUGAAAACAAUGAGACGAUAAAUAGAUUUUUGUGUUUAAAUAUGUGGCGCUCUAUAAAACUAUACUUGGAUUAAAUAUUCGUUAUUCAUAAUAAAAUGAAGAUUUUUAAUAAUUUUCAGUUAUGAUCUUAACUAGCCUACGGGCUACUAUUUACAAUCUUGUAGUGUCGUUAGUUUGGGAUCCAACGCUGCUUAAAUUAAUUAGAAUUACUUUUUACUGGCGAUAUAAUCUGAUCCAAACCAAAUUGAUUACCACAGGCGUAGGACCCAGCCCUCAAAA